UUUUACUGUUAACGAUUGUAACUCUAUUUAUGUUAAUACAGGAAAUAAGUCUAUUUUCUUAUACAUGUUUUUGUUUUUGUUCUCCUUGAAGUGGUUUGAGUCUAUGACUAGUUCUCUAUUAUUUGUUGUUCAGUUUUUUGUAGCUGAUAAGAAAAAAGUGAUCAUGGUCAUCCUCAUCAAUUGUCCACGUGCAAGUCCUCUAUCACAAGUGUUUUUGGGGUGGAAGUGGAGGAAAAAGACACGCAGCACUGCCUUUAUCUUUGCCAACCCAUAAACAAGCUUGCUUCAAAUGAUUGUUUCUUAAAAUCUGGGAAGGGUUCUUUAGUUUUCUCUAUAUAAAUUUAGAACCUAUGUUUUGUGUGUAUGAGCCAAGGUGCCUCUACCCUUUUAACUGAGAAAAUCGCAAGGUGGCUUUGUUAUGCAGUGUUUUUGUAGAAUUCUUGAGUCCUGUUGUGGCGAACCUGUUUAUACUUCUGAAUUCUCCUUUGUGGUUUCUGUGUAUGUCAAAGUUACAUAAAACUUUAACACAAAUUUUCAAGUUUUGAACUUGUAUAUUGUGAUGUGACAAGGUAAUUUUGUUCUUAAGCUUAUGGAACUGCUAUACUGUCUAGAAUGUAGGAAUGUAGGUUCCCUUGCAUUUGGUUCUGCAUGAAAACAUCUUCAAACUAAAAUUCUGAAGCCUCAAGGGUGGUGUUUGAAAUGCUACUCUUAUGCCUCUUCAUUUAUUAUUAUGAAUCUUCUUUUUGCCUUUCCAGAAUUGAUGUAUGAAGGGAUAUCAUAAGAUUGCAUAGCUUACCAUUAAAAUUUUAUUAUUAUUUUUCAUUUGAUUUUACAUCAUUAGAAUGACUUGUUAGAAUAGACAUAUUGAUGACAUUUCGCUCUAAUCAUAAUUCAUCAAUCCUAGGCUGUAAAUUGUGUUAAUUCCUGUCUCCUAUACUUCAUAUACCUAGUCCAAGAUGUUUUCCUUCUGCUGAUUAUCAUUUUGAACUUGAAUGUUGUAUAUUCUUAUUGUUUGCAACAUUUUUCAAUCUUCAUCAGAAAAAAAAUUAUAGACAAGAUGACAUUCCAGAAAGACUUUAAACAACAAAUGGUGCCAGAGUGGGAGAAAGACUACAUGGACUAUGAGGGCCUCAAAAGGAUAUUGAAAGAGAUUAAAAGUAGCAAGAAAGCUAUACACAAUAGGUCCUUGCAACACAGAUUCAGACUUGAAAGAGCGUUCAGUGGAUUAAACAUGCAUGGUAGCAAUCAUCAGAGAGAGGGGGAUAUUGAAGACCAGGUUAUAGAAGUUAAAACCUUAGAACAAGAUGGUUCUAAACAGUUAUAUAAGACCAACUUUCAGAAGUUCCAUGAAGUAGGAGGAGAGGCUGAGGCAAGACUCUUUGAGAAGCUUGAUGAAGAGCUCAACAAGGUCAAUGCAUUUUACAAGGAUCAGGUAGAAGCAGCCAAGCAUGAAGCAACCCUUCUGAGUAAACAAGUUGAGGCUUUAGUUGCAUUAAGGGUAAAGGUGAAAAGUCCCGAAACAGGAUCAAAGCAUAAUUCCUCAUCACCUGAAGAAACUUUUGAUCAAAAUCAUCAGCAAAAUGAUUCUAUAGAUGGUCCUGAAGUUGAUCCUAUUCAACAGGCCAAUAGAAAUACUCAUCAGGAGGAGCUAGCAGAAACACAUAAUAAUUACAAUAGAAAAGAUCCCAUGGAAAUUCUUGAGCAUGUAAAGGUUGAUAAUGUUCUUCAGUCUCCAAUGUCAACAAUUAAAAAAGCUUUUACUGAUUCCAAUAAUAAUGAAUUGAGCCCCGACAAAGAAGAGAUGAGAAAAAUUGAAGAGCAACUGAAGCUUGUGUUUAUUGAGUUCUAUCAGAAACUUCUCCAUCUUAAAGAUUACAGUUUUAUGAACCUCUCCGCAUUUUCCAAGAUCAUGAAGAAAUAUGAAAAGAGUACAUCAAGACCAGCAUCUGCAGCAUACAUGCGAGUAGUGGAUAACUCCUAUCUGGGAAGUUCUGACGAGGUGGAAUGUACCUUUAUCAGGAACUUUACACACUCAAAUCACAAAAAAGGGAGGAAGUUACUAAGGCAUAAAACAAAAAGGGAAAGGCACAGCAUAACAUUUUUUACAGGUUUCUUUUCUGGUUGCUUUGUUGCUCUACUGGUUGCUACUGUAUUAAGAAUAGGAUCUCAACAUUUAAUGAAGAAGCAGGAGGGGACAUUUUACAUGGAAAACAUUUUCCCACUGUACAGUCUAUUUGGAUAUAUCACUCUCCAUAUGCUUAUGUAUGCUGCAAACACAUAUUUUUGGAAGCGGUAUCAGAUCAAUUAUCCAUUCUUAUUUGGCUUCAAGCCUGGAACUGAGAUGGAUUAUAGAGAAGUUUUUCUUCUGACCACUGGUCAUGCAGUGGUUGCACUACUAUGUUUCCUGAUAAAUUUGCAGCUGGAGAUGAAUCAAAGGACACAAAACUAUAAGACAGCGACUGAACUUGUUCCUCUGAGCUUAAUUUUUCUUGUUCUUUUGAUUACCUUUUGCCCUUUCGACAUCAUACACCGUUCAAGUCGUUUCUUCUUUAUCCAGUGUUUAUUUCGAUGCAUAUGUGCUCCUCUUUUCCUGGUUCGUCUUCCAGAUUUCUUCUUGGCUGAUCAACUUACCAGCCAGUUCCAAACUUUCAGGAGUUUUGAGCUUUACAUAUGUUAUUAUGGCUUGGGAGAACACUCAAGGAGGCAAAACAAAUGUCACCGUCGUGGUUUCUACAAUAUCCAGUAUUUCAUUGUUGGCAUCAUUCCUUACUGGUUUCGCCUAGCACAGUGCAUGCGCCAAUUCUAUGAAGAGAGAGAUUUCAACCGUUUGUUCAAUGGUUUAAAUUAUCUCUCCACAAUUGUUGCCAUGGUCUUUAGGACUACCUUUGAACUAAAGAAGGGAAGAAUUUGGAAGGUGUUGGCACUUAUAAGUUCAGCACUAGCAGUAAUUCAGAACACAUUUUGGGACAUUGUCAAGGACUGGGGGCUUUUGAAAAGGCAUUCAAGGAACCCCUAUUUGAGAGAUAAACUCAUAGUUCCACACAAAAGUAUCUACUUCAUAGCCAUGGUCCUUGACAUAAUUCUUAGACUUUCCUGGAUGCAAUUAGUGUUUGAAAUGGAUUGGAACCCCCUUCAUAAAGUGGCAAUGAUUACAGUCACUUCCUGCCUUGAAAUUAUUCGUCGUGGCAUUUGGAACUUCUUUAGGUUGGAGAAUGAGCACUUGAACAACGUUGGAAACUACCGUGCCUUCAAGUCUGUCCCUCAUCCUUUUAGUUACUAUGAUGAGAGAAAUGAUAAGAAUGACUAGUGGCACUUCGGUACACAGAUUAUAACACCUACAAUUUAAAACAAAAAUACACGUUGAAUUUGAU